AUGGCAGGAAAGAGCAUAUCGACAAUAGAAGAGGACAUGGAACGGCCGAAUGUCUUCACGGAAUGGCUGAAUGCCCACACGGAAAAGCAGAAUGCCCAAUAUCGCAAGCAGAACAAGAAAGAUCUCUUCAUCGAGCUAUUGGAAUGCUACAACACCAUGCCCAUCUACAUCACAGAUCCAGCCAUCUUUAGCAAACAGUGCGCAACCGCCAUGAGCCAGGCCUCCGGCCCUGAAGAGUUUAUCAAGAUGAUAGCCGACGUCAAGGAGAGAAACAUGGCUGACGCCGUCUCCUAUGUCCAGGACAGUCUCGCAAAGAAAGGCGGCCGCUGCCCUGGCCUGACCUGCCUCGUUUCUAUGGAUUCCAUGUUGGAUCUCGCAGGUGUUCCUGUCUACGAGGGUGCGUUCGAGAGUGAUUCACCCACGCUGGAAGAGCUUAACCCUAAGUGGCUAUCCUACAUCACGGCCUAUUUCCCGGAAAGGAGCGAGUACACUGGCGGUCUCCCACCUGAUUACUUGAGCUCGGAUGAGGACUCGCAGUCUAACUACUCGGAAUCUAGUGGAGACGGGGAACCCAUCAAGCCUAAGAAGAGUCAAAAGCGCGGCGCAUCUCGGUCGACCACCGGCAGCCCCUCAACUUCAGCCAGCAACGAGGGACGCACCCUCCGAAAUGGUAAGCGAACACGCACACCUGACGAUGCUGAUACUGUUGUCGACGAAGCCCCCAAGAACAAGCGCCGAAGAAAGGGUGAGACGGCCAGCAACAAAAGCAGCAACAGAAGCAACGGAAGCAACAGCAGCAGCCGUUCAGCAUCCCCUCCCAGGCCCGCGUCGGCCCCGGCCUCAGUAGGCGAAGCUGACCUCCUGGAUAUGGGAGGAGCCUAUCCGCAGCUGAGGAGAUCGGGCCGUCUGAACAGAAUCACAGGCCGGAGGAGCCUGCCUCCCAGACUGGACUUGGCCGCAUAA